AUGCUGCCAUUCAGAUCUCGCAACAAGACUGUGACUACUCAUCAGCACGAACCACCUGGAGACUCGUUUGUAACCAGGAACUACCACAAGUGUAUUAUUUCGCCUCCAGAAGAUAUGAGCAGUGCUUCUAGGAAGUUCUCAUACGCCUCAGUCAAAGAAGAAGCCGGUGAUGGCUUGCCACAGUCAUUCGAGUCGUCGCUUUCAUCCCAAGACCUAGAAGAGGUCGAAUGGAUCGCAUGGCCAUGCAGUCAAUGGUGCAGGACAAAGGGUCUUUGUUCCUACCAUUUUGCUGGCUCGCACGAAGAUCACGUGCGGACCCGACUGGAAGGCUAUGCUCGCAACAACCCUCGAAAGCUGGAGAAGAUCCUCGACGAACUAGAGAAGCGCCGCGCCGCACAGAAAUUGUUCAACCUCCCGUUCGCCAAGGAAAUCACCCAAUUCCAUCCGCAUCCAGCCAGUUUCAGCCUUGAGGUAUGGAGGGAGCGGGUACGAGACUCAGUCCGGCUCGGCGAGGGGUUCGAUGGGACGCUGGAAGGCACAGCAAUCGCAGACGACACGGAUGAGACCCUCUCGCAGGUCUCGCGUGAAGUCCCGUUCUCAUGGCUCGAGUCCAUGCCAGAGGAAGUCCUGGAACUCAUCCUCUCAUACGUGACGGUCGAUCACACGGCAGACCCCUAUGCACGACCACACGUCGAUCUGGCGUCUUGCGCGUUGGUAUCCAAAACCAUUCACCAAGCGGCCGUGAAGGUGCUGUACCGACAUGUCUCAAUGCCGCAGUCCAGAGCCUUUGCCAAGUUGAUGCGGACCCUCAGGACGGUGCCACAACUGGGCGAGCUGGUCCAAUGGCUGGACUUCUCUCACUACUCGAACAUGGGUUUCGGCAGCGCUCGCAGCACACGGAACCAGACUCCAUUCCUCAAGCCAGAGACCCUCAAAGCGUGCCUCGAUUUGAUGCCGAAUCUGCAAGCCUUCCUCGUACACGAGCACGUAGAUGAAGAACUCGACAGCAACAUCAUCUCAACACUCUUCAAUAUGCCGCUCAUGCAGGCCCUCGACUUCUGUGCCUGCUCCUCACGGCCUUUCGUCGAGGCCUUCACCAGCGUCACGACCAGUCUGUCUUCCCCGCUCACAAGCCUCAAACGACUAUCCCUGCACGAGUGCGCCACCCUGCAAGAACCAGUCUUCGAGGCACUCCUUCCACUGCUCACCAACCUGACACACCUCGACGUGGCCCACACGUUGAUCAACGACAAGGCUCUGUUCUCGAUCCCACCUAGUGCUCGCAUCACACACCUCAACCUCGAGCGUUGCACCCAUCUCACCGGCGCCGGCGUCGUCAGGUUCCUUACCACACACCCCGCCGUCCGCGAGAACAUCAUCUACCUCAAUCUCGCGGCAGAUGCCUCACGGCACAGACUCCUCCGCGAAGACGACGUCACAGCCCUGGUGGCCUCUCUCCCAUCCACCCUCCGAUCGCUGAACCUCAACGGCGCCAAAAUUAACCCCUCACACAUCCCUGGUCUUCAAAAGCUAGGCACCCACCUCGAGGAACUGGGGCUCCGGGGCGCAAACCUCAGCCUCGGAAGCGAUAUCGUCCGUCUGUUCAGACAAUCUGCAGCCACUUCCUCUGAUGACGAACCACGUGGCGAAGAGGAGAACAAUAAUAAUAACAACAACCCAAGUUCUUCUUCCCGCAGCACGCUACGCUACCUCGACCUCAGCCUCAUCCCCUCAGUCACCCAGCUCUCCCUGUCCUACAAUCCCAGCUCGCUUCUCGACAAAUCUACAUUGCCACUCGAGGUCAUCGAACUCGGCUCCGACGUGCUCGCCGAGGUGAAGCGCCGACAGGGCAACAUCCGCAGCACCAGCAGCAAAGCCAAGCCAGAGUGGGUCGUCAAGGAACUCGGUCGGCGCGGGUGGUACGUCCGCCAGCCUGCCCUUCAAGGACCUGUCGACGACGGCUGGCGGCCCUGGAAAAUGGGUGCGCGGUGGUGGGGCAUGAGGAAGGUGCCCGUCGUAGAGCAGGACGUGGGUGGCAUGUACGGGUAUUUCAUGUUCAAGAGGUCGUAA